UGUUUUAAUAGUAAUGUUGGGCCAAUUCCUAUUACUGGAUUUAAAAGACUCUCUAGUGAUAAUUGUAGCUCUGUUUUCCUCCUAAACUUCUCCAAAAACCUUUGUCGUUGUCUUUUCCUGUAUUGCCUGUAUACCACUCACAGUCCCUGUUGGAUAUUUACAUGUGUCAGUGUUUUGCGUCCUGUGCACUCCAUUUGAGACUGGUUUAUCCCCCCCACCCCCAACAUUGUCUUCUGCUGUAAAGCUCCGCCCAUCUGUCUUGAUUGACACACCUGACAGCCCGUCGUCUCUAUUUGCUUUAAGGAAAGAGGAUAUGAUCAGAGCUGUGGAGGGUGACAUAGUCCAAGAGAAACAGGCUGCCCUAAACAUAAUUCAGAAGAUGUCUGCUGAUAAACAGGCCAAGUACACUGGGAUGAAAGCCACCAGUGAAGAGCUAAUGCAGGAGCUGGAUUCCCUUCAAGAGGAACUGGACACUCUGAUGAGUAGGAUCUGGUUCAUUCUCAAGCCAAACUGAAAGCAGUUGUGCUGCAUGAGAAACUACUGGAGCUGGAGAACCGUAGAAAUGCCAUGCUGGUGUAAGACAGGAACAUGGGUUCUCCACAAGAGGAUCGAGAAGGCCUCUUUAAACAGGUGAAAGAAAACAACCAGGAAAUAGCCAGCAUGGAACGACAGCUCUCCAAGGUACGUGAGAAAAUUAGCCAUCUCACUGAAGAGAUGCGACAACUAGACGCUGAUAUGGAGGAACAUCAAGGAGAACGAACCCAAAAGUACAAGGAGCUGCAGAAGAGAGAAGAGGAAAUCGACACAUAUCUGAACUCAUUUGAGGAGAAUAAAUCUCAGGAGCAGCAGCGGAUUAGAGACGCACAGAGCAGCAUUGUGGCAUUACUGGAGCACUCCAGCAAGAACAUCAAUCAUCUGCAGCAGCUGUCAGCAGUCACCGCUCAAGAGCUCCGGUCCAUGCAGGAGGAUCUGAGCUUCAAAGAGACAGAGAUGCAGAAGUCUCAAAGCACAGCGAAAGGCCUUUCCUCAGAGAGUGAGCGUCUACGACAGGAUCUGCUGAAAGUGGAGCAGCUGGAAGGCAAAAGACUGCAGGAGGAUCGUUUAACACUCACUCAGAGGAAGGACACACAAAAGAAGAUGAUACACAACAUGAACGAGGAGUACCAGUUUCUUAAGGAAAGGUUACAAGAGAAUGAGACCCAUGUGGAGCUGACCAACAUGGAGAGGAAGUGGCAACAUCUUGAGCAGAAUAACUUUGUGAUGAAAGAAUUCAUCGCCUCCAAAGUUGUAGAGAGCCAUUACCGCCCAGUGAUGAAGAACGUCAACAAACAACUGCUAGAGUACAAUAAGAUACUGGUUGAUACCCUGCAGAGAAACUGAGGAGGGGGAGCACUUCCUCUCUGCAGCAGCUCACAAACUCACUUCCUGUUCAAGAUGAGCCCUGAUCAGCGUUCUAAAUACAACUAUAAAUGAUUGUAUUCUAGAAUAUGAUCCAUAUUUCGUAAUCUCAGGUGUAUCACAGUCAUGUGUUAUCGGUGAUUCGAGUCAUGUCGUUAGUGUCAGUCACAGAGCUAAAUAAAU